UUAAACUUCAAACAAGCAAACAAGCAAAAAAGAAAAAGAGGAAAAAAAAAAACCAAAAAACAAAAAGCGAGAGCCCGGCCCUCUGUCACCUGACUGAGUGGGAAAGAGGGUGAAGGGGUCAGUGGGGACGGGGGACUGGAUGCCCCCCGUAGCUUUUAACCCUACUGUGGCUGAGACCACCACCUUAUUUGUGCUAACAAGAAGCGUUUUGUUCCUUAUGACUGUGGUUAACAUUAGUAUUGGUGUCGAUAACAAAGCUGAAAUCACAUAUUUAGGAUUUAGAUCUGAUUUAAAAAAUGCUGGGGUGGAUGUUCCAAUCGGAGCAGAAGAGAGAAUGAAAACAGCCUGGGGAGGGGGAAGCCAAAUCCUUCUCCUGGCUCGCUGACUCGUGGAUGUCAUGUUCGCUCUUCUGGGGGUGGCCAAAAACCUACCGGUGUCGGGGCGAGAAGCGGCCCUCGCCUGCCCGCGUGUGCGUCCUCGGGCAUUCGUGCAGACUGGACUCCGUGCCGGGGCGAGCUGACACGAGUUCGAGACUGCAUAGAACAUGGAGAUGUCAUGGGCGCGACAGAGCCUGGCGGGGAUACCAGCAGCGUGAUGAGUUCCACCCGUUCAUCGAGGCGCUGCUGCCUCACGUCCGCGCCUUCUCCUACACCUGGUUCAACCUGCAGGCGCGGAAGCGCAAGUACUUCAAGAAGCACGAGAAGCGGAUGUCGAAGGACGAGGAGCGGGCGGUGAAGGACGAGCUGCUGGGCGAGAAGCCCGAGAUCAAGCAGAAGUGGGCAUCCCGGCUGCUGGCCAAGCUGCGCAAAGACAUCCGGCCCGAGUUCCGGGAGGACUUUGUGCUGACCAUCACGGGCAAGAAGCCCCCCUGCUGUGUGCUCUCCAACCCCGACCAGAAGGGCAAGAUCCGGCGGAUUGACUGCCUUCGCCAGGCCGACAAGGUGUGGAGGCUGGACCUGGUCAUGGUGAUUUUGUUUAAGGGGAUCCCCCUGGAAAGUACUGACGGGGAGCGGCUCUACAAGUCGCCCCAGUGCUCGAACCCCGGCCUGUGCGUGCAGCCACAUCACAUUGGAGUCACAAUCAAAGAACUGGAUCUUUAUCUGGCUUACUUUGUCCACACUCCGGAAUCCGGACAAUCAGAUAGUUCAAACCAGCAAGGAGAUGCGGACAUCAAACCACUGCCCAACGGGCACUUAAGUUUCCAGGACUGUUUUGUGACUUCCGGGGUCUGGAAUGUGACGGAGCUGGUGAGAGUAUCACAGACUCCUGUCGCAACAGCAUCAGGGCCCAACUUCUCGCUGGCAGACCUGGAGAGUCCCAGCUACUACAAUAUAAACCAGGUGACCCUGGGGCGGCGAUCCAUCACCUCCCCUCCUUCCACCAGCACCACCAAGCGCCCCAAGUCCAUCGAUGACAGUGAGAUGGAGAGCCCUGUCGACGACGUCUUCUAUCCUGGCACAGGCCGCUCCCCGGCAGCUGGCAGCAGCCAGUCCAGCGGUUGGCCCAACGAUGUGGAUGCAGGCCCGGCUUCUCUAAAGAAGUCAGGAAAGCUGGACUUCUGCAGUGCCCUCUCCUCUCAGGGCAGCUCCCCGCGCAUGGCUUUCACUCACCACCCGCUGCCUGUGCUUGCUGGAGUCAGACCAGGGAGCCCCCGGGCCACGGCGUCAGCGCUGCACUUCCCCUCCACGUCCAUCAUCCAGCAGUCGAGCCCGUACUUCACGCACCCGACCAUCCGCUACCACCACCACCACGGGCAGGACUCGCUGAAGGAGUUUGUGCAGUUUGUGUGCUCUGAUGGCUCGGGCCAGGCCACCGGACAGCAUUCGCAGCGACAGGCGCCUCCUCUGCCAACCGGUUUGUCAGCAUCGGACCCCGGGACGGCAACUUUCUGAACAUCCCACAGCAGUCUCAGUCCUGGUUCCUCUGAUAAGAUCAACAAAAGAAAUGACAAAAUGAAAAGAAGAGGUUCCUCAAACGGGGGGAGAAGAAAUUUUGAGACGUGGAAAAAAAAAUCCCCCAGCCCAGCCCAGCCCCACCGAAAAGCAAAAAUUAGACGUCGUCAGCCACUCAGCCCUUCUCUCCUCCAGCCCGGGGACCCCUGCAGGCCCCCAGAAGCAGCUCAGUUCUCAGAGAGCCUCGGAAGAGGUCUCGGUGGAGCUGUGCGCCAGCAGCCAAGCAGAAAGAAACAUGCAAAACGGACUCUGUCAAGUAGAGGACAGAAAGAAAGGAUGCAGAACUGCCUUCCUCCCCCCACAUCCCGUCCCGGCCUUCUGGGGAAGAAGCAAAAUCCCCAAACAAAGCAACCAGCACAAUUCUGAAGGGGCCUGUCCCCUACCCUCACCCUUCCCAGGGGAACCCCACCCUUGACUCCAGCCGGAGCUUUACUUGGGAGCUCAGAGGACCAGCUUGUAAAGAUGAUGGGGUGCAGACCCCGAGGGCUCUCCCCUGCA